CUUUUCAAAGAUUUCCAAAAACAAUUCGACUUUUAUAAGAUUGGGUGAGGAAUGAACGAAGAGACUACUUUACCUGUGAGUACCUUUCAAGUUGAAGAACCGGAAAAUAACAGCUCGUCAUUGGCAGUCGCUCAACUGUUUUCUAGAAGUUCCCAUCCCAUGGCUUUGUUUUUUCAAGUUGCUUUCAAACUAGUGUCGAUAUUGGUCUAUCUUUUAUUGGGUCUUUUUACCAGCAGCUUUAUUAUUCAGUUUGUUAUUACUGUAACGUUGGUUUCGUUUGACUUUUGGACUGUAAAAAAUAUUACAGGGCGUCUUUUAGUGGGACUUCGAUGGUGGAACGAAGUACAAGACGAUGGUUCAACUCGUUGGCGCUUUGAGUCUAAGGAAGAUCCAACUUAUAAGCCGAACAAAGUGGAUAGCAGGGUCUUUUGGUGGUCUAUGUAUCUCUCUCCUUUAAUAUGGAUAGUGUUGGGUAUUGUGUGUAUUUUGAAGUUUCAUAUCACGUGGUUGGUUGCAGUUAUAAUAGCUUUGACACUUAGUGGUACCAACUUAGUUGGAUUCUUGAAAUGUGAUCGAGAGUCAAAGCACCGCCUCAGUGCGUUUGUAAACAGUCAGUCCAUGUUUCGUUCAGUCACCAAGUUGUUUAUGUAAGUGAGAAAGUGAUAAAAUGAAUUCUUACCUUGGUUAUAAUCACAAGAUCAAUGAAAAGAAAAAGUAAUACUAUUAGGAAUACAUUCCAUCUUCUUUUUUGAAAUGGUGACAAGUGAUAGUUUUCUGCGGUUUUCAAACUAAAGGCAACAAGUUUUUUUGAAAUAUUUUUGUUUUAAAGCAUCGCCAUCCGCAAAGUUGCUGAGAGGUCUAUCUAUGCAAAUAAGUUAUGAGGGGCAAGGAUGGUGUUUUUUUCUUGUCGACAAUAUUGACCAAAAUGAGUCAACGGAAACCUUUUCGAAUAUCUCAUCAUCAUGUCGACUAUAGACUUUGAAUAAUCUCUGAAAAGUUGUUUGAAAUGAAUAGAAAAAAUAAAAUUGGUUUAGAUUGG